CGCAAGGAGGCGGGUCGGGUCCGAGGCGGGUCGGGUCCAGGACGUCAGGGGCGCCUGCCCAGGAUAAAAAAUGUCGAUACUCACUUCUCCAAGAGGAAAGGCGGAAGUGGUUCACUGCCGAAGAACACAGUCACACGAUAUUUACUGUAUCAAAAACCUCAUUAGAAAAUUUACCCAGAAGCUGUUUGGGAAUCUCAACGUCAUCCAUCUUCUGGAAAAGGCAAACCUUGCCAUUACCCUCCACAAUGACCAGGAGGAGAUCAUGGCCCAGGCCACCUUUCUGGACUAUCCCAACUGGAAUAUCGCCCGGCAGCAUGACUGGGUGUCCGUGUUCCGGGAGCUGGACAGUGAAAUCCCGUGCACACCUCUGAACACGCUGUUCAUGCACCUCUUUGUGGCCGUGGAUGAGUAUUCUGUCGGCUGCUGCAAAGAGAUUAUUCGGACCGUGUUUAGGGAAGUGCCAGAGCUCCACUUCAUCUUUCUCAUUGUGCCGUCCUACAUGAGCCUCGGCUCGACGCUCAUAACUGUGUUUGAGCAAGUGGGGAACGCGCCGAGCCUGCUGUGUGACGAGGACUUCACGGUGCACGUGUGUCACAGGCACAGCCACCGCCCUCAGCUGCACAUUCGCGAAGCCAGGGUGGAAGACCACGACGACCUCAUGCCAAUAUUUCUGCGCCACGACACGGUCCUGAGGGAGACCUACGGCGAAUACUUCCUGGGUGAGCUCAUAGAGGCCGGAGACGAAGAGAACCACGCGGUCGUGUGCGAGGUGCGUGUGAGCCCCCGAGGGGUGUGGGGAGUGAGCAGCGUCGCCCCUGGUUUUGCUGCCGUCGCCUCCCCUGCCGUGCCCUCCUGCGCGGUGUGCCAUCCCCCGCCUCCCAGUGUCCCUGCUUUAGGGUUGGGGAGGCCCUUCCCGAUGCCAGUCUUAACAGGCUCGAGCUUGCGCUGGACGCGGCUGACUCCGAGUUCUUGGAAAGCAGCAGCGGGAGAGGAGGUGUCCGCCGCCCCUGGCCCCAUGGCUUCCGCUGCGAUGCUUCGAAAUGAGAAGACGGGGCAGCAGGCCCCGCUGGGAGCGCAGGCUCUGGGUGCCUCCUGCGUCUACGAGGCGCUGCGCGUCCUAGGGCUGCUCCGAGCAGAGGUCAGGGCCUCGGGGUGUCACUUUAUCCCCGUGGUGCGGAUGAGGCCAGGGAGAGGUGGAAAGUGGGGCGGGCCGCGGAGACCCCGUUCUGCCCACUCCCGGCGCUGCCCCCAGCAGGGUGACUCUUCCGACGCUGCGGUGUGGUCACCACGCCGUCCCUGUAGGUGCGAAUCAUCUCUCUUCUGUCCUCACACCCCUCUUUCUCUCCAAGGUGCUGAGCUCGGGAGGAGCAGCCAGGACACCCAGAGAACAGAGGAGGAGCCACAGGAAGCUGUCUCCCCGGAGGCCAGGGAGCGUGUGCAGGGAAGAAUCACUAAAGACGCUGCAGUGGAGGAGGCUUCAUCACCGGUCCCGAGUGGAAACACUGGCGAAGUGGAGGACACAGGAAAGCUCAGCCAGGAGCACAGCGCAGAUGACGUGGGUUACUCGGUCAGCACCGCGAGCUCAGCAUCCGUGUCUCUGCCCGAGGAGACCGGCUCCUUCCGCCCCACCUACAGGGGAGCCUCGGCCGCCUUCCGUAUCCAGCUCUUCUGUGUCGACGAGAAGUACGAGGCGAGGUCCCUGGACUUCAUGAAUUUUGUUUUCGGUCUUUUUCCUGACAAGAACUUCUGUGUCAUCUCCCUGCCGCACCUCACCCCCGAGUUUGUCCUCAUCCAGAACUUCGUGAAGGCGGUCCCCUUCAGCACCUGCACCCUGGAGCAGGACCUCUACAUCUUCCACCGGGCCGGAUUGCUCAAGUCCAUCACUAUAAGAUUAGCCACUGUCUCGGAUACUCCCGGGGUUGAAAAGCUUGUCAGCACCCUCAUGCUGAACGAAAGCAUAUUGGAGGAUUUGAAGCAAUACAACGAGGCUCGCAGGGACCCUGACGGGACGCCCCUGCAGGUGUUUGUGGCCGAAGUUGCAGAGCAAGUGGCGGGCGUCGCGGUGAUCAGAGAUGAGAUGGACAUCGAGUACAUACGAUCCCAUUACAACAUUGAAGAUUUCAUCUACUUCAGCCACCACCAGCGCGAGGAGCACGGGCGCCUGUACCACUUUGCCCUGAACCCCGUCUUUCGGCACUACACCAAGUUUUUUCUGAAGGAGAUCCUCCGCUUAGGGUACAAGUCCUGCCUCUACUACGCUGUGUACCCGCAGGCCAAGGAAGGCAAGGUCCAGCGCUCCGGCGCGCGCUCGCUGACGUCCGCCCUGCAUUACUUGGUUCCCGUGCGGCCGCGACGACAGAUUGUCUACCCUCUGGAAAAGCUUGGCACCAACGCUCCAUCAAAGGAGGUCUCCAAGGACGCGGUGAGUUACGCCUUGAACCAUACAAACAGAAAACUAACGUUGGAACCAAAAAUAACUAUCAACGCCAAGAUUGUCGUGGUCGGUGCGUCCAGCGUUGGAAUUUCCUUCCUAGACACACUGGUGUUCUGCUCUCACCUGAAGUUUAGCAACCUCACCCUGAUUUCAACGCACGGACUCCCAGGGAAAAAACUUCUGGGCAGCGAGCAACGAAAGUUUCUAGCAAGCGACCACUGCUUUAAUGACCGAGAUCACGCGGUGCUGUCGCUGUGCUCCUGGGUCAGCGUGGUGGUCGGCAGGAUGACCGCCAUAGACCGGGCAGCCAAGCGCGUCAUGGUGUCCGGAGAGGAAGUCGUUCUCUACGACCACCUCGUCCUCUGCACCGGGCUGCAGUACCAGGUCCCAUGCCCUACAGGGGCUGAUAUUAGCCAACACCCAACGAACAGAGAGGUUCUGGACAGCAGUAGGCGGAGGUACACCGGUCCAGUUCCCCGCAAUCAUUUCACCCUCAACGACGAAGAAGAUUGCUUAAGGGCCCUGACUUGGAUAAGGAACAACUCCAUCACCACAGAAGGGCAUGUCAUUGUCUACGGGAACACAAUUGACACGUACACGACGGUGGAGGUGCUCCUGAGCGUCGGCGUGCGGGGCUCCCACAUCCACCUGGUGCAGCACCCACCCACCUCCACCAUCACCUGCAUCAACAACUACUCAGUGGAAAGCGCGGUGGAGGACGCGCUCAGGGCAGCGGGGGUGACUGUGUACCGGGACGCGCUCCUGGCUCAGUGGAACGACGGCCAGGACCCUGACCCCAUCCGCAGCGCCAGCUUCACCACGCCCACCAAGCCCUUCACGCUCCCCUGCUCAGUGUUCUUCAGCUUCUGUGAGAAGAACGUGGAUUACGAGACAUUUAAAGCGUUCAACGACGCCUGCCUCGUCUAUGACGGCCGACUUGUGAUUGACGCCAGCUUCCACACCAACGACAUAGCCAUCAGGGCUGCCGGCCCCCUCACCAAAUUCUCCAAUAGAUACUACUCCAACGAGUGGGCUCACAGCAGCUUCAAUUCCAAAGAGAUUGGCUUCCAGCUGGCCGCAGCCAUGCUCAGUCUCUUUGACCCGACCCUCGAGCCUGUGACCGAGCCGCCGGCUGACCUUGACCGACUCAUCCCCAUGUACAAGGGAGCCAAGGUCAAAGGAGGCGUUCUUCCCGGGUCUUACCACUACCUGCACAUCGCCAAGCCUGCCAUCCCAACGCCCUUGGAGGUGCAAAUGGCGCAGUCCGAUUUUGGUGUAGAAAUAGUAACAGGCAACGCGAAAGGUGGGAAUUACUUCCGGAUCCACAUCAACAGGUAUAAGAUGGUGGAGACCAUCACGUGCCUCUCGAAAGUGCCCUUCCCUGCCGCCAACUACAUCCGCCUGUUUGGCCAGCACGAGCAAGCCCUCAACAACCUGUGCGCUCGGUACGAGGAAGGGCUGGUCCCCGACCUCUACAGCUACUUCACGGAGCCGUGGUGCAUGGCCCUCUUUCACGAUCGUUUUAUUGAUCUCAGGAAGGAGUUGCGCCAAAUCUUAUCCUCCAAGGAGGGGGAAAGCCUUCCUUCCAUAGAAGAGUUAGCCCGGCAGAUGGAAGAUGAGGAGAUUAACCUGCCCGAGAAGCCCAGGACGUACCUCAAACGAGUUUUCCGGGAGAGCAUCUACAAGCCGCUGGUGGAGCGGAGCAUCCUUGACUACCUGCGCUAUAAUCACUACCACCUGCCCAUGUACGCGUGGCCAGGCAUCAUUUAGCUGCGGCCGCCGUCUCCGCGUGAUCGUUUCCGCACGUGUCGCCCGGGGGAGCGCUGUGUGGGAACAGGAAACCUCUGAAGCCCGGCUGCACCAUCGGACACCGGCUUGGUUUGGUCCUUUCUCCUCCGCGCCCACCUCUGCCUGUAGUUUUCUAUCUUCCCAGUAGGUGGCGCACGGCAGCGCCUCUCGAUCCUGGGGCAGGGAGCCGCUCCACCAACGCCAGGCGUGCUCCCGGGCAGAGACACGCAUGUUAGCAAUAAAGUGGGAUCGUACCGUUGUCUUUACCUUGGGCGUGAUUCUGCUUGGUUUCCUGAAAAGUCCUGUGAGUCCCUUACACGUCUACCCCAUCAUACUCGGAGGGCGAUUAAAAAAA